UCUCAAUCCCAUCACGAUGAAGCUCUUUGUGCCCGCCGGUCUCGUCGCCUUUGCUGCGACAUCGUCGCUCGCCCAGUUCCAGAAUACGUGCUCGCAGCAGCUAAUGGACGCCGUCGCCGAGUGCCAGAAGUCUGCCGGUAUCGACGACAUGAAGGCGUUCAUCCCGACGAUCAAGGACGGCGCGGGUCGCGACAAGUACUGUGGCAACGCGUGGGCUGGGUGCGCCAAGCUCAAGUCGCUCGCGCCGGCGUCCGACUGCAUCUUCUGGGUCUGGAAGGGCUGGAGCGUCAACCCGUCCAAGGAGCUCGCGUGCCCCACGGACCAGACCACGACGUUGUGCACGCCGAACCGCCUCGCCGUCUCGGAGGGCUAUGGCUUGCUCUACGCCAACACGGUCCAGAGCAACGCCAACGAGCAGUUUGCGUACAACAACGAGACCAAGGCCAUCAUCGCCAAGAGUAACGGCCAAUGCCUCGACGUUUAUAAGGACAACAACCAGUUCAAGCUUCACACGUACGCGUGCGACAGCAAGAACGCCAACCAGAAGUGGACAAUCGCCAACCACAAGGUGCAGCAUGCGGUGCACGGCGUGUGCCUCGAGGCGGACCUUGGCCACCCGGGCGCUGCCGUCGGCGUCGCGCCAUGCUCUGGCGCGUCUGAAACGAACCAGUGGUUUGACGCGUGCGAACGUGUGCCCAAGAGCUACGUCCAACUUCGCGCCGCGACGGGCAAGCACCUCCUCGAGUACAACGGCGACUUGUACCUCAACCCGGGUGGCCACGACUUCAACGACCUCUUCGAGUGGGGCAACGGUCUUCUCAAGAGCGCGUCCAACGGCCAGUGCCUCGACGUGUACAAGGACGGCAACGGCCAGUUCAAGCUCCAUACGUACGCGUGCGACAGCAACAACGGCAAUCAAAAGUGGACCAUCGCCAACAACGUCGUCAAGCACGCGACGCACAACAACAUUUGUUUGGACGCCGACCCGACGUACGCCGACGCGCACGCGCAAGUGUGGGAGUGCACGCCCAACAACCCCAACCAGCAGUGGACGCUCUUGCAAUACUCCAAGUAGAGUCGAAUCAGAGAAUGCGUACCGAACCAUUGAGACCAUCGCCUUCAUUGGUACCCGUUGAUAAAUCAAAGCUCUAAUUUUGUCCUGUG